CAAUGCACCACUUGCUUUUUCCUCCAAAGUAUGUUAUAUUAAGUUUCGUGAAGCAUCGAGUGUUGGUGUGGCCCAGCAUCUAACUAACACGGUUUUUAUUGACAGAGCUUUGAUAGUUGUGCCCUGUGCAGAAGAUGACUAGACUGGCCAAGGCAGACCUGUUACACUUGCCUGAGUUAGGCAUUGUUUGCCAUGCCACUAAACCUGCCGCCAAGUGAAACCUUCAUGGGGGAAAUGAGAUCGAAGUCUGACCUGCUGAAGAUGGACGCCCUGUCUCUGUUUUUAUUUUAUUUUGCUUUCUUUCCUUUGUUUCUUUUAUUUUUAUUUUUAUUUUGUCCCUUUUUUGUUUUGUUCUGUUAAAUCUCUUUCCCUUGUACUUGUGAACUGGUACUUCAGUUCUGUAAAAUGAUGUUUGUAAAGGGUUCACAGUGUUUGAUUUUGAAGUUGACCUGAAGCUGCUUAUGAAUGGUGGAUGGUAUAUGGAGAAUUUAGAAUGUGAUUUGUUUUUAGUGCUUUGAAUUAAGGAUAAAUUUGAUUUGCAAUUUGUUUAAGUAUCUAAAUUCAGCAGAUGAGUACAUUGUAUCAGAAGACAGGAAUAGUGUUUCAAGAUACAUUUUUCCAUAUGUUGUGCUUUAUGAGUUUAUCUUGGAAAAGGACAGUUAAAACUCUUACUUUUGGAGAAAGCAACUUUAGAAAGUAAAGUCAUAAUAUUUCUCUGCUACUUUCCAUCAGCAGAGUGUUCUAUUUUAUGUUGCACCAGCUAUUUAAAAGAAGGCUUACUAUUUAUGUCUAACAUCAUGAGUUUAAAAGAAUUAUUUCUGAAAUUGAACUUUUAUGAAUAUUGAAUGUCAUAAAAUAUUCUCUUACUUCUGAUGAAACCUUGCUCCAGUGAGGUCAGUGGUAGUAAGAUUUCAUCUUUUUUUUUAAAAUGAACUUUCAGAAAAAACUAUUUACCACUCAUAAGUACAAAUGCAGCCUGAAGUUUCGGUUGGAGUGUGUUAUGUGAGACAACUUGUCUUUUAACACUGUUACUUGUGAGAAGAUUGAAUCAGUUCUCUUUCUGUGUGUGUGUGCGUGUGUGUAUUGCACUUUGACAUGCUCUAGUGGUGAUUAUUUCAGGAAGAUGUUUUAAAAAAAAACACUAAAGUCAGAAAAAAAAGGUGUUUUCCAGUCAUCCCAGAGUCUCAGAAGCCCUGGCAGUUCAUGCUGGAGUGAUUGAUCCCUAAAGGAUAUUCUUCUGAAACAGAAGUGGUGGACAAAGUGGUGUGUCUAGUCCUCAAGUACUGACUGCUCUUCCCAGCUAGCUGCACUGGGAUCUCUUGGUUUCACUCCUUUCACCAGACUCUGCACUGCAGCUGGGAAGAGCUGUGAUUUGUGAUCUUUGUUGGAUUUGGCUGUUACAGUUUUAAUUGCCAGUAGAUGCAAUCUCUUUAUUGCUAAAUCCACUAAGAUUCAUGAGUUGGUCUAAUAGAAAUUAUUUUAUUUGUAAUCAUACGUGUUCCAUUGAUGUAAAAUAGCAGGAAAAUUAUUACUUUUUUCAAUGUUUCAAGUAGACUGUGAACUCUUCACUGUUUUUAAAACAAGCAAACUUGUUGCCAGGAGCACUUUUGGAUGUGAGUGUUAACUCUGCAGGUUCACUAUGAAGAGUUGGAAAUUCUUUUGAGCACUUGAGGAAUAAAAAUACUGUCAUUAGUACUUGUUUGAUGCAGAUGAUUCUGUUUAGUCUUCAGCAAAGGGUUCUAGUGUGGGUUAGGUUGUCUAGGGCUCUUUAGACUAAUGGUACAAAAAAGUAGCAGUCACAACCGUGCCUUUAAGCAGUGCUGGGACAAUGGACAUUUGCUUCCAGAUUCUUUUGCAAAGGGGACAAUCAAUAAAUGAUCAUACAACCUUAGUUUACUAAGCAGAAGAGCUUCUAAGAAAUCUGUCUAAGGAUGUGGUAUAGAUAUGGCAUAAUUAUUUUGACUGCUCCCGCAUUAGAAAAUAAAUAUCAUUACCUCAUUCUUAUUCAGAUUUUAAAUACUGUGUUCUAAAAAUGAAAGUAUUCUUUUUGAACUAAAUUGUCCUAAACUGUUGUGUCAUAACCUGCAUAUUUUGAUGUAUUCAGUGGGCUUUUAUUUCCUUUACAUAUACAAUCACAGAAGUAAAGCUGCAAAAUUUAAAGCUUUUAACUCAUGAAGUUAUUUGGACUCACAUGUUAAUUUGUUUUUCAAAACUAUUUAAAGAUUAUGAAGGUAGAUAAUCAAGAUACUGAAGAUUUAUUUUUGUUUUUCCACAACAGUGAUCGGUAGAAUUAUUUUAAAACUUGACUUGGACUUAAAAACUGGAAAAGUUACUCUGAAGAGACAGUGUCAUUGAAUAUACAGGCAAAUUUUCAGGGUUCUGUCUGUAGAAAUAGACCCUUUCUCAUUCUUGAAAACAAAAUAAAUGAAUCUUUCUUUGUGGUGUGGGACUGACCAACUUGAUUUUUGUAUUUAAAAUAGAACUUUACAUUGUUGAAAGACCAACGUAUUCUGGAAAUAAUGCUGCAAACUUUACAAUUUACAUAUGCAUGCUGUUCAUUCUGUGAGCUGCUGUAGUGGUGAACUUACAUGAAAUGUUCAGUGGAUUUCUUGAAUAAUGAAACAAUGUUUCAGCAAGUUAAUUAUUUCAGUUAUUUCAGUGCCAUAAGCCAUAUACUUAAAGUUUAGGCUUCUACUGAAGUCACUUUGUGAACUUGAGUCAUUGUCUGUCUUAGUUAUAUGUGCCUAACUGAGCUCCCAUUUAAAAGGGCUAAAUGCCUAAGCAUUUUAUAAGUUUACCUGUUUAUGUGUGUAUUGAAUUGGCUGUAUGUAAGUGCAUACUUAAAUUAGGCAUAUACUUAUGUACAGUACUGACCAAGGAUCUCAGUUAGCAUGCAGGCACACCACUAUCAGAGCUAUUUCUACCGUUGGAUUUAAUUGUGCCAUGUCUCUUGAUCCAUCAAAACCUGCAUGAGUAGCUGUUUAAUUGCAAGAUGCCGACUGUUCAGGAUAAGUUUUGGUUCAUUACUCAUUUGAAAAAACUUAAUACUUUGAUUUUCAGAAGCACUGGUGCAUAAUUCUGUGCCUAAUUUGCAUGCACAUCUGCUGGAACUGUAUAUUUAAAAGCCUGUUAGUAGGCCUACAUAUUAGGCAGGGUACACAAUGUACCUGAUACUUUUGAGCAGUCAGGCAAAUCAGGUACACCUCAUUGCAUGCCCGACUUCAAAAUGAGAUCUAUUAAAGAGUGCCGAACAUUGUGAUAGUGGCUUAGAUUUGUGCAUGUUUUCAAAAAAGUUUUGGAAGUCAUUAUUGCUCAGUUAACUCCUAAGCGCUAAAUUUUUCCUAUUUUUCUCUCUUAGUUAGCAAGUUCGAGUGGUUUCUUACAUGUUAAGUUGCAAGGUGUCUCAAAAUUUAACAUAAAUAAAAUAAAUGUAAAUAGGAAGCAUGGAAAAAAAUGGGUACUGUUAUUUUAUCUGUUCUGUUCCACCCAUUCUACAUAUAAAUUAAGUUUCCUUUAGAUUUGUUUUGCCAUUCAGUCAUAUUGAGCUGUAACCCAGACUUUCCCUCAGAUCUGUAGAGCAGGUUUGCAGCACUUGUUUCUUUUUGUUUUCUAAAUUAGUAUGUUUUCUAUGGUGUCAGUUGGAACUCGUUGCUAAACCUCCAUGGUGUUUUGAAACCUACCUCAAAUUUUCCUUUACAGUAAGAGUAUUAAUCAGAUUUUGGAUUUAGAUGUUUUGUAGUUAAAACCUGCAGUUUUAAUCAAGGCAGGAAACCACUGGCACACUUUUUAUAUAUUACUUGACUAUUAAAACAAUGUUGAAAUAAGAGCAUUUACUUUAUUAAGAUCCAUGGGUAAUACCAAAGGACUCAGUUGGUUAGCAUAUAUAUGGUUGUGCCAGUAAUUUUGAACAGAUCAUAGAUGCCUAGUGUAGUUAGAACUUCCUUCACAAGUUUUUUAGUUUGGUGUUUAAUGUUUGUGCCAGUUUUAAUCUCUUUGCGUUUCAAAUUUAAAAUGUACAUUUAAUGGUAAUCAUAAUUGUUUAACAUUUAAUCUUCUUGGUUUUGGAGAUACUUUGGGGGUUAAUUUAGUAGUCUAAUCAUGGCUAAUAUUCAAUUAAACCAACUUUUAAUUCAGAUUAGUUAUUACUUUUGGCAUUACAGGAGGACUAUAAUCAGGAUAAAAUAGUAAGAAGUACUUCUGUUGGGAAAAUAGAGCUAGCUUAGCCUGAUCAGUUAUAAUUUUCUUCAAUCUCAGUAAAUUUAGACUUAAUUUACCAAUUUCAGAUAAACUGAGGUGACUAUAAUAUGAGUACAAAUCUAAGUUUUUUCUGCUCUUCCUUCCUCCACCUUCAACUUCACUUGUAGUAUGUAUUGUGUGCAGUCACAGUAGUUCAGUAGUUUAUUAUUUUAUGUUUUGUUUAUUUUUUACAUUCUAAAUAGGUAGCACCAGAGGAAUAAAGAAAAGCACAAAUUUCAGUCAGCACAUACUUUGGUUUUUCUUUUUUCUUUUUCUUUUUCUUUUUUUUUCUUUUUUUUUUUUUUUCCUUUUUUUUGGGUUUUCUUUCUUUUACUGAUUUGGUUAUUUGCCAUUUCUGGGGAUUAAACUUUAAAAAAUGUUCUUCUUUUCUGUAUCUGAUGUUCUGUGUGCUAUUAGUGAUGCAGCCAACACGAACGGUUGUCAUGUGUAAAACAGCUUUCGAUCACCGUGAAAACACCGCCCUGGGAAAGCAUCCAUGCUUGAUAUCGUUUGGUUCAUGAACAUUAAGUUUCCAGUACAGGUAAAAUUCCAGAUGAAGCCAAAGCCCUGUCUCUAUUGGCGCCUGCUCCUACUAUGACAAGUCUGAUGCCUGGUGCAGGGUUGCUUCCUAUACCUACGCCAACUCCCUUGACUACACUUGGUGUUUCACUUGGUACUUUAGGGGCUAUACCAGCAGCAGCACUGGAUCCUAACAUUACAGCACUGGGAGAAAUACCACAACCACCAAUUAUGGGAAAUGUGGAUCCAUCCAAAAUUGAUGAAAUCAGGAGAACAGUCUAUGUUGGAAACUUGAAUUCCCAGACUACAACAGCAGAUCAGCUGCUUGAAUUCUUUAAGCAAGUUGGAGAAGUCAAAUUUGUGCGAAUGGCAGGUGAUGAGACACAACCAACACGAUUUGCUUUUGUGGAAUUUGCAGACCAAAAUUCUGUACCUCGAGCUCUUGCCUUUAAUGGAGUUAUGUUUGGAGACCGGCCACUGAAGAUAAAUCACUCCAAUAAUGCAAUAGUGAAGCCUCCUGAAAUGACGCCACAAGCUGCUGCCAAGGAGCUAGAAGAAGUGAUGAAGAGAGUAAGAGAAGCCCAGUCUUUUAUAUCUGCUGCUAUUGAGCCAGAGUCUGGAAAGAGCAGUGAAAGAAAAGGCGGUCGAUCUCGUUCCCAUUCUCGUUCAGAAUCCAGGUCUAGCUCAAAAUCCCGCUCUAGAAGGAAAAGAUCACACUCAAAACACAGAAGUAGAUCUGGCAACAGAUCUCUCUCAAGACACAAGGACAGACGCAGAUCCCGAAGUCCUCUGAAAAAACGGUCUAGAUCUACAGAAAGACGGAAAUCAAGAAGUCGCUCUCGUUCUCGGGACAAGAAAAGAGACAAAGAAAAGAUCAAAGAAAAAGAAAAGGCCAAAGAAAAAGAGAAAGACAGAGACCGAGACAAGGAGAAGGAUAGGGAUCGAGAUAAAGACAGGGAAAGAGAGCGAGAUAAAGAGAGAAAUAGAGAGAAGGACAAGGAGAGAGAUAAAGAGCGAAGCAAAGAUAGAGAGAGAGCGCGAGACAAAGACAGGGACAAGGAUAAAGAUAGGGACAAGGAAAAGGAAAAAGAUAAAGAUAAGGAAAAAGACAAGGAAGAGGUAGAUCAUAACAAAGAAAAAGAAGAUACUGAGAAAGAAGGAGAGAAGGACAGAGAGAAGAUUAAGGACAAGGAGGGAGAUAAGGAUAAAGGAGGGGACAAAGAAAAGGACAGAGACAAAGAAAAGGAAAAAGAUGGGGAUAAGGAGAAGGAGCGAGAAAAAGAGAGAGAUGAUAAAAAGAAGAAAGAUAAGAGAUCCAGAACUCCCCCAAGAAGCUAUAGCUCUUCAAGAAGAUCUCGUAGCUCCAGCAGAGAAAGGCGUAAAAGGAAGAGCAGAAGUCCUUCCAAAUCUCCUAAAACAUCAAAAACAGCAAAAAGAAAGUCUUCACGAACUCCUUCUCCAAGAAGAAACAAGAAAGAAAAAAAAAGAGAAAGAGAUACAAAUAAUGAAAGGAGAGAAAGAGAACGCUCCACUUCCAAGAAAAAAAGUAGUAAAGAAAAAGAGGGAAAGGAGAAAUCUGACAAAAGCACCACUACUUUGAAGGACAAAGAUAACAAUAAAGAAGAUCAGAAUUCAGAAACUGACAAGGAAGUAGACAAUAGAGAUACACAAAGGACAGAUGAAGUCAAGCUACAACAGAACGGGAAUUGUCAACCAAAUGAGGAAAAUCUCUCAGUUAAAAUGGAAGAGGUUUAAAGAAUGGACUUCUUAUUCAACUAAGGAAUGAAAUCCAAAGCAUUUUAUUUCCCAGAAUGAGGAAGAAAAUGUCAAAGCAAUCAACCUGAACGUGUUGAUAGUACUAGUAGCUCCUCCAGUUCAUGUGAUAGCUUUGUUGUCUUCUUGCUGUAAAGCAAGAGCACAGACCUGUAGUUAAUACCAUGAAAAGGCAGAUGCCAUCAGAACUAUUCAUCUCUGAAAAUCCAUGCAUUUCCAUGAUGGCUGUACUUGUAAAAUGAUUUAUGUUAAGUUUUGCUAUAAGCUGUUACAAAUAACUAGAAACUGAAAGAUGUAAACCUGUACUUCCCAAAAAAAGCUGAAGAUAUGCAUUGAAGGUUGUUUGAAAUACUGCUUGUUGAUGACUUUUGUAUUGUUUUGCCCUGUAGGUUAAAAAAAUCCACAAAAACUUUAAUGUGUGCUGUUUGAUGUGCUUGAAAAUGGUGCAUAAAUAUAUACACUUCCUUUCCUUGUAAAUGACAACUGUAGGGAAAGGGGGUUUAAGCAUAAACAUGGUUUUACUGUUCUUAUGUUAAAUACUCACAGAUUAGUAUGUUUUUCAUUUGCUCACUGCUCGAGAUUCUUAGGGUUUAUUAUUUAAAAUAAUUUCUUACUAAUAUCUCUGAAAUUAAUAUUUCUUUUAAAGUAUUUGAACAAUGCAUGCGCUUUUUCUGUUCCUAGAAGGAACAUUGCCGUGUUAUAGAUACUAGGUUAGCUUACAGGGUUAUUUUGGGGUUGUUUUGUUUUGUUGUUUUCUUUGUCCGUAGAGAAGUGAGCACAUCUAUAUGAUGAUACCAGAACUUACAGCUUUGUUUUGCAAUGUACUGCAGUGUGUCUGUUCAGCUGAAAAUAGUACAGGUGCCAUUAAGAAAAUAAAUUUUUCAUUUUUGUUAAAAAAAUAUGGGAGCACAAGCAGAAGCUUUAGUGCCUUCUUAAAAUGUGGUAUUUUCUAGAAAUGUAUAUGUGCUGUUACACAUUUUUAGCUAAAUCUUAUAUGAUCUCUCUUGCUACUUUGCCACCACCAUACUGUAGACAAAAAUGCAAGUGACUUGCCAGAAUGGUUGUUUGAUUCACUUGUUAAAAUAGUGAAGCUCCAUUUUACUUUUAUUUUUUAUUCUUAGAAGAGAUUUAUAAAUAAGAGAUGUAAUUUGGGGACCACCACUGUACAAAAGUAGUAGCUGAAUACAAAGUGUGCUCUGAUCACCUGCAUCAAAGAAAGCUCUUAAGACAUAUACUAUACAUUUGGAUGGCCUUAAUUGUUACCUCUCUGUUAUUUUCUCUGAUACCUGUUGGGCAAUAUAAAAGGAAUGGCGUGCAAAGAAAUGGGGGAUAAAUAAUUUGAGGAAGAAAGUUCUAAUUUUCGCAGGGCUUACUUAGUAGAGAUUCUUCUAUAAUUUUUUGUGGAGAAAGCAUGCAAGAAGAGAAUCACAAAACAAGUGGCUUUGUCUUGGCAAACAUAGCUUUUGUUCUUUGAAGUAAUUUAAUCGGUUAUAUGAGACUUCUGAUAAGUUAUGCUUUUAAGACAUAAUUAUAGCUAAAAUCACAUAGAUUAUUUUUACUACAACUUAAUGCAAUCAAAUUAUUAAUUGCCUUACCUCAUGGGAAGUGUCAUUUCUUUCAGUUAAAAUAAAAAACUAAGUGUAUUGGCUAUUUGCUUUCUACUUGUUUUACUUUUCCUCCGCAUAGUUAGUUUUUUCAGUGGAAGGGAAGCAUAUUACAGGGAAUGAAAACUUUGCCCAGCUCCUAAGGUAGUGAAAUCCAAUUUGAUUGUGAAGCUGCUUAAUCACUCCUCAUUUUCUAGAAGAUUUAAUGUUCUUGCCACUGUGUACAUUUCAGACAACAGAAAAUGCUUUACCAUGUAAAGUAUAGAACAGCCAUUUUUGUGAUGUUUAAGCCACAUGCUGUUGGCUGGUAAACAGCUAAUUCUGAUAAAAGAAUAAAAAAUUGUAUGCUUACAGGAAGACUGUGAAAGAUUGUGUCUUGCAACAACAGCUGUCUUAUUUAUGAUGUGUAAGUAGCAUAGAGCAAAGAGAUUGUUUGUAUACUUGUUAUCUUUGGUACCAUUUCACUAAUAAAGUAAGUAUUUUAGAGGGAUGUUUCUGCUGGUACAUACUUAUUAAAGGAAUAUUUUUAGACCAUCUGGAUUUA